AUGCCUCCGUCGAUAUGCCUGCGGAGCUUUUCCCAACUGUCCCUUGACACCACAGCCCGCGCCUCGAUGGCCUCGCGAACCCUGGUUCACCCUCAGAUCGCAUACUUUUCCACGUCCGCCGCACGAUACGCAAAUCCAGUUCCCAAGAGGAAGGGAAUGUCGGCACCCGCUAAGAAGGGAACCAGGACACUGAACGUCAAGAAGGGCAGAAGUUCGGCGCAGGACACGGGAAAGCGCCCGGCACAAGGAGAGCGAAAAGCUGCAAGGAAGCGCAUCGUCCUCACCAACGACAAUGCAUUGGAGGUCGCGUCGCUCAAAGAUAUGAGCAAAGCGGACGUACUCAACGAGGCCAACCAGGGCAGGGUGUUGGGAAUACCUGAGGCGACCGUCGACGCACUCCGAGCCGCGGAAGCAUUCAAGACGACACAGGGAUGGAGCCUGUUCAGGAGACCGGCAACCUUGAUGCGAAAGGAGACGAUUGAGCUUGCAAACAUCAUGAGAGCGGCCGAGGACCAGAAGAUAACGGCACGGAGGAUCUUGAGCGGCGAGAGACUGAGCGGCAAGAGCACACUCCUGCUUCAAGGGUUGAGCAUGGCUUUCCUGAGGGAGUGGGUGGUUAUCAACCUACCUGAAGCCCAAGAUAUCAUCAACGCCCACACCGACUACGCGCCGCUCCCAGACUCCCAGCCGAUGCAAUACACACAAGAUACAUACACUGCGAAUCUGCUUAGCCAGAUUCUGAAAGCGAACCCGAACCUGGAGAAGAUCAAGGUCACCACUAGCCCCACCCUCCCUCUAGCACUCCCCAAAAAUGCGACCCUCAAGCAGCUCAUUGAGCUUGGGAUAGUCAAUCCGGAAGCCUCAUGGCCCGUCUUCACGGCACUGUGGCAGGAACUCACUCAGCCUGGUCGACCACCCAUCAUGCUCGCCAUCGAUGGCACUGCCCACAUGAUGAAAGAGUCCGAUUACCUUAACGCGGAGGUGAACCCAAUCCACUCUUUCGACUUGACGAUCAUCAGACACUUUAUCGACCACCUCUCUGGCGCCAAGUCUCUUCCUAACGGUGGUGUGGUCCUCGCCGCAACAUCACAGUCGAACGCUCCCGCUACCCCUGCGCUCGACUUCUCAAUUCAGGUAGCUGAAGCAAGACAAGUAGACCCGAACGCGCUUCCCCGAUGGAACCCGUACAAGAGCAUCGAUCCACGCGUUAUGGAGGCUUUGAGGGAUCUGCACAAGCCCACGACAAAGGAUGGUGUGGAGCGCUUGGAGGUCAUCAAAGUCGGUCGUUUGAGCAAAGACGAGGCACGGUCUAUCAUGGAGUACUACGCGGAGAGCGGUAUGCUUCGCGCAAAGGUUGACGAUGGCUUUGUGACUGAGAAGUGGAGUCUGGCAGGGAUGGGCAAUAUCGGAGAGUUGGAGAGAGCCAGCGGCUUAGGCUUCAUCGGCGCCGGAACAGACACCUCGACGUUACUCUCAGACCUACAAGCCGCAGCCAAACUCAUCUAUGAUGCUAAGAUCAAGACGGGAAACGGCGUCAUGCCCAUUGGUAUAGGCUUCAUUAACUGGGGAGCCAACCUUAGCUCAGCCAUUACCCUCAUUGAGCAAUAUAAACCAGCAGCGGCGUGGUUCUUUGCGCCUGCCUCCAUCUCCUCAUUAUGCGAUUGGACCAGUCAAACCCGGAAAGUGUCUCCUCAGACCAAGAUCUGGGUGCAAAUCGGCAGCGUGCAGGAAGCGAGUCAAAUCCUACUGGCCGCACGACCAGAUGUGCUCGUUGUUCAAGGUACCGACGCUGGAGGCCACGGCCUAGUCCGAGGCGCGAGUCUCAUGACACUUUUCCCGGAAGUAUCCGACAAGGUUCAUUGCACAUGCAGAGAAGAGCGGAUCCCUCCCCCCAUUCUCGUAGCGGCAGGAGGAAUAGUAGAAGCUCGCGGUGCUGCUGCCGCUUUCGCGCUCGGCGCCUCAGGCAUUGUGUUGGGAACGCGGCUUUUAGCCAGCCCUGAAGCCAACAUCUCCAAUGGAUACAAGGACGAGAUAAUUCGUGCAAGCGAUGGAGGGCAGUCUACUGUGAGGACGAAAGUGUACGAUAAUUUGAGGGGUACUACGGGAUGGGCGGCGACGCACAAUGCGCGAGGCGUUAUCAACAAGAGCUAUGUAGAUGCGAUGGCUGGCAUGGAUGAAAAGGAGAACAAGAAACUAUAUGAGGAAGAGAUGAAGAAAGGUGAGGCUGGUUGGGGCCCUGCGGCGCGAAUGACAACCUAUGCGGGGAGUGGCGUGGGAUUGGUGAAGGAGAUCAAACCUGCUGGAAACAUAGUGCGAGAGGUCAGGGAAGGCUCGAGGGCGGUGCUGCAUAUGUUAGGCAGCAGUAUAUUUGCGGGCAAGCUAUGA